AUGGUCAAGGAUAGUAGAUUGUAUGAUAUUUUAGAAGUAUCGCCGGAUGCAAGUAACGGUGAAAUCCGCAAGGCUUAUCGACUUCUCGCUUUAAGGCAUCAUCCUGAUAAGAACAACCAUUCUGAAGAAUCGAAAUCAAAGUUUUUGGAGGUAUGUGAAGCGUACGAGAUUCUCAGCGAUGCGAAGAAAAGAGCUCUGUAUGACGAGCAUGGCACAGCGGAUGAGGCAGCUAUCUACGAGAUGAAGCAACAGCAGAACCCGAUGUCUUCAUCGUUUUUCGGCUCCGCUUCCCCUAUGGGCAUGUCGGCUGGAGAUCUUUUUGCACAGUUCUUCGACAGCUCUGCGCAUUCUUUUGGCAACAAGAGGUCUGCGCCAUCCAUGGGACGCGGUCCCGAUAUCAGACACGAUCUGAAAUGUUCGCUGUCCGAACUGUACGACGGUAAGACAACGAAGCUAGGCCUCAACAGGAGACGUCUGUGUCAGAAGUGCCAAGGCCACGGCGGUCUGCGGCACAGAACGUGUAAAUCGUGUCGCGGACAGGGCCAGCGGUCCCAGACGCGGAAAAUGGGUCCCAUGGUGCAAACUUGGACCCAGACGUGUGCUGACUGCGGCGGGACUGGCAGCUACAUGAAGAACAGCGACAUCUGCAACGAGUGCGGCGGCGACGGCUGCAUCAAAGAGCGCAAAAUCUUCGACGUCGAGGUGAAACCGGGCAUGUGCCACGGCCAGAAGAUCAUCCUCCCCGGCGAGGCUGACGAGGUGAUCAAGACUAGUUUUGGCAAUGAAACGGUGAUACCGGGAGACGUCAUCAUCACCAUCAGCCAGGUGCGAGAUCCCAAGUUCCAGAGAGUAAACAGAGGGGGAUGCGAUCUCGUGCUACGAAGCUUCAAGAUCCCGCUCGUAACCAGUCUCUGUGGCGGCGACAUAUACAUCGAGGGCCACCCGAGCGGCAAGCUGCUCAAAGUAGCCAUCCUUCCCGGCGAACUCAUCAAGCCGAAUCAUUUCAAGAGCAUCGAAAACAUGGGAAUGCCCAAAUACGAUGAAAAGAGCAACCCUACAGGCCACGGUAAUCUCUAUAUCCAGUUCCAGGUCGUCUUCCCGGAAACUCUGGCCCCGGAGACAGUCGAGAAGUUGAAAGAAACACUUCUAGCCGAUCACAGCGUCACACAGCAGAUCGCCACAGAGGAAAACGAGAUCUGCAGCCGAAUGGACGACUGCGUAGAGACGGAGGAGCAUGUGCUAAGCAGUUUCGUCCCGGACUUUGACGAGAUAAUGGAAAACGAGGCAAGAACAAAGAACAAGAACUCGGGCUACAAGAAGCGGAAACACUACGAAGAUCCAGAUACCCCUAUUGGGGACGAAUCUAGCAACUGCACCAUCCAUUGA